GUAGCAGCGGCUAGCAGCUAGCAUACAGCAUAGUCUGCUGUGCAGAAGCCGAGGGAGGGUUUUCACGUUUACUUUAACACUGAGAGGACAUUUUUCGUUUGACAAGAUAUUGAUGUCAUUUUGUGGAACACAAAACGGCGGCCGCCGCAGCAAAUGGGACCAGCCCGGCCCGGGCCCAGGCUCCGGUGGGAUGGGGGAGGCUGAGGCUGCACCCACCGGGGCUCUGGAUGCUGCAGCUGCUGUGGCUGCCAAGAUUAAUGCUAUGCUGGUAGCUAAAGGCAAACUUAAACCCUCUCAGAUAGGCACUCCGGGACCACCUGAUAAGGCUGUAGGUAUUGGGAAGCCUCCUGUAUCAACGAAGGCCAAGGAUGACCUGGUCGUAGCUGAGGUGGAGAUCAACGAUGUCCCAAUCACCUGUCGGAAUCUGCUGACACGUGGACAAACGCAGGAUGAGAUCAGUAAAGUGAGCGGUGCUGCUGUUUCAACCAGAGGUCGUUACAUGACAGCAGAGGAGAAGGGCAAAGCGCUCCCAGGCGAUCGACCUCUGUAUCUGCACGUCCAAGGACAGACUAGAGAGCUUGUCGACAGGGCAGUUAACAGAAUCAAGGAGAUCAUCACCAACGGUGUGGUGAAGGCUGCAACUGCCUCGUCGUCCUCUUCACCCUUCACCCCUAGUGGGGCUCCAGUCACAGUUUACCAGCAACACAACCCACCUCCUCCCUCACUGCCCCCGAUCACCCACCACAAACCUCACUUUCAGUCCGGGAUGCAUUAUGUUCAAGAUAAAAUCUUUGUGGGCCUGGAGCACGCUAUCCCCGGGUUUGUGGUCAAAGAGCGGGUCGAGGGCCCCGGCUGUUCGUACCUGCAGCACAUCCAGGCUGAGACUGGAGCAAAAGUCUUCCUACGAGGAAAAGGAUCAGGUUGUUUAGAGCCCGCCUCCGGACGAGAGGCCUUCGAACCUAUGUACAUUUACAUCAGUCAUCCUAAACCAGAAGGACUUGCAGCAGCAAAAACCUUGUGUGAGAAUCUGCUUCAGACGGUCCAUGCAGAAUAUUCUCGCUUCCUCAAUCAAAUGAGCUCAAUGAUGCCAACGCAACAAGGCUUUGCGCAGCCUCCAGUGGUGAACGGGAUGCCUCCGCAGCCUCCUUACUACCCUCCCGCUGGAUACCAGCCAGGCUACGCCAUGCCUGUACCGCCACCUCAGCCACAACCUGUCUCUCUACCUUACACUGUCCCACCUCCUAUACAUCCUGCAGCACCUGCAGGUGUGCCUCCUCAGUACUCCCUCCCCCCUGCCCCUGUCCCCGCACCUGCUCCUGCGCCUGCUCCCACCCACACCCUCGCUCCAGCGCCAGCUCCUGCCCCUGCACCUGCUCCAGCUCCUGCUUCAGGCACCAUGCCACCACAGACUCUUCCUCCUGUACCUUUUCCUCCAUCAGCCGCAGUGCCACCCAAAGCUCCGCCUCCCGCUGCUCCAACCAACCCACCACAGAAGAGACGCUUUACAGAGGAGGUCCCAGACGAGAGGAACAGCGGACUGCUUGGAUACCAGCAUGGACCCAUUCAUAUGACUAAUUUAGGUGCAGGCUUCCCCGUUGGCAACCCGGAGACUACAGGACCUGCUCCACAGAGUUCCUCCGGCCCACCGAGUGAGAGGGACAGUCGGCAGCUAAUGCCUCCACCGCUGCUGCCUGUGAAUGGAGUGAGACCCAGGAUGGAGGAGAGAAGGGCACCGCAAUGCUCCGUGGAACCCUCAGUGAAGAGAUUGAAAACUGGCUUGGUGGCGUACACUGGCGACUCCUCUGAUGAAGAGGAAGACCACUCAACCUCCAAAGCCUCAGGGCCAGGUAACCCUGGAGCAGUCCCCCCCACCUCCGCCUCCUUAGGCUGGACACAGGGCUAUCGCUGCCCCCCUCCACCACCCCCUCGUGCUAAAACACAGCCACAGCAGCAGUCUAUGCCAUUCUGGAUGGCACCUUAAAACAGGAAAGAUCUGAACUCCCUCAGUGCUUUGUCCCGAGUCUUACCGGAUAUCCACCCAAACUGAGCCUGUCUUUUUCCACCAUGCAUUCAUCACACGGAUGACUCUUAACAGCAACAUUAUUUUAGUACUUUGGGUCCAAAUGGACGUGCUUAUGUUUUGGAAAACUACUGUUUGUUUCUUUUGGUGCACACAUUAUAGUUUGAAGAUGAACAUUUGCAGGACUGAUACUCCAAACUAUUUUGUGGAUGUAUAGCUGGUCAGAUGAGCGAUUUCUGCCUUCAGGUUUAUGUGGAUUGGUUUGACCACCGACGCCAGGUGAAGUGUUUGAAUAUAAAACAAUCUCAUAAGGCAAUGAUGUUGCACAUCACCGACCACUUUUCAUUUUAUCCCAAGUACAGCUUUCUGUACUCUGUCACCUCCUUUGCUUUCCUUUCUCCCCGUCUGAGUCUGUGACGUCAUUCUUUCCUAUUCUGGUCUUUUUGUACAGAUCAUGUUGGACUAAUAUGUAGUAAACCUAUUGAAUUUAUUUCAUGCUUUUAUGAAAUAAAUAAACUUAAUUUAUUGCUGUG